AUGAGCCUUUGUGUGGCCAGAGAGAGAGAGAGAGAGAGAGAGAGAGAGAGAGAGAGAGAGAGAGAGAGAGAGGGUGGUGGUGGGGGGGAACCCAGUGACAGGGAGUUAAAGUAAGAAAGACUGUCGUCUUGCAACAAUAAAGCAUAUGGUACUGACAGUGCAGUCAGAGCUGGAAAUUUACAAGUCUCUCUCAUACUCCUGCACCCUUUUUUCUUAUUCCCGUGGAGCUCAGGGGUCGCUGCAAAUCAGUGGACUGGAACUUCUUCACUCACCAUGUUUCACCUUUUUUGAAUAGCCACAUUUAUGAUUGUGUGGCUGAGCUGCUGUGAGAAGAGGUGAAAGGAGUCUCAGUCUGCCAGUGGAUACAGGUGCAGAUGCAGCGGGCCAUGAGUGGAAUACUGAAGAGGAAAUUUGAGGAGGUGGAAGCCUCCUCCUCCCCGUGCUCUUCCUUGCGGGAGUCUGAUGAUGAGGUCUCCUGCAGUGAGAGUGGGGAUAGCAGUGACAGUGUCAACCCUUCUGCCUCAGGCCCUUUUACCCCUGACUCAAUAUUGAAGAGAGAGAAGCGGCUGCGGACGAGGAGGGUACAUUUUGAGAAUGUGACCGUGUACUACUUCAGCCGGCGGCAGGGCUUCACCAGUGUGCCCAGCCAGGGAGGCAGCACGCUGGGCAUGUCCAACAGGCAUAGCUGGAUCAGGCAGUACUCCCUAGGGGAAUUUGCCGUGGAGCAGGAGAGGAUCCACAGAGACAUGCUCAGAGAUCACCUGAAGGAGGAGAAACUCAAUUCAGUCAAACUCAAGCUGACUAAGAAUGGCACGGUGGAGUCUGAAGAGGCCAACACGCUCACAGCAGAGGACAUCUCUGACGACGACAUUGAUCUGGACAACACGGAGGUAGACGAGUACUUCUUCCUGCAGCCACUUACCACUAAAAAGCGCCGAGCACUGCUGCGCUCUUCUGGGGUAAAGAAGAUUGACGUGGAAGAGAAACAUGAACUGCGGGCUAUCCGGAUGUCCAGAGAGGACUGCGGCUGUGAUUGCAGAGUCUUCUGUGACCCAGAGACAUGUGCCUGCAGCAUCGCAGGGAUCAAGUGCCAGGUGGACCGCAUGUCAUUUCCAUGUGGCUGCACAAAAGAGGGCUGCACCAAUUCAACUGGGAGAGUGGAGUUCAAUCCCAUUCGUGUUCGGACCCAUUUCUUGCACACCAUAAUGAAGCUGGAACUGGAGAAGAGCCGUGAGCAGCAGCAGGCGUCUCCCACCAACGGUUACCACAGCGAAACUAAUGACCUGGGAGGCGGAAACUCUCUUGUUCAGUCCCAGCACAGGUUGGAGUACUCUCUGUCAGACGCCGUUCCACAGACGGCCAGCAUGCACCUGCAGGCUGCGGAGGAGAUGGAGGAGCCCCUGGACGACGAGGAGGAGGAUGAAGAAGAUGAGGAGGAGGAGGAGGAGGAGGAAGAGGAGAAUGAAGACGAUGAUGAGGACGAGGAGGAUAGUAGCAGUGUUUGCAGUGUCUUGUCUGACUCCAGCACCCAAAGCUUAGCCAACAGCGACUCUGAGGAUGACGAUGAUGAAGAUGAGGAGAAGUCAAAGAACUUUCAGGGUGUCACCCCGUCAGUGUCUCAUACCGAUGUUGUCCCCUUGUCCUCUGUGCUGUGUUACAACAAUGGCUCUGUGGCUCAUGAUAACCACAUAAACGGAAACACUUAUUUAAUGAACUCCUCUUCAGCUGAGUACUAUCAGCUGGGGAGCUCCAGUGCCGUCUCUAACGGCCAAACCAGCCGACCCAGUGAACCCUUCGGGGAAGCCUUAGCAUUCCAAGAUCCAGUCGCCACGACCAACGGCAACGCGGCCCAAGGAUCAUUCAACAUGCCUGCCGAGCAGUACACAGACUACUCUAAUCAGACUGAGGAACAAUACACAGAUAAUCACCAUUUCACGCUGACCAACGGCGCUCCUGCCGCCCCUUUGACCUGCUACACAUCUGAUCAGGAGAAGAAGGUGCUGUCCAAAGCAGCUUUUGCGGAGCAGCCGGACACCCAGAACCAGACACAGUUUAAAAACUACUUGAACAAUAGCACACAGGGUUCUUACAGCACUUCAUGUAUGACAGCUGAACAGCCGCAGCAAGAGUCCGGUGUCAAUGGCCAUUCUGACCUGAGCUUACUAGGAAACAACACUAACAACCUCCCUUUACCAGACCAUUGCCCUGAGGUCACAGCCAUUUAGUGGGGCUACCCUUUUGAAGUGUUCUUUCAUCAUUACGUCUUCACUUGAGCCUGACCAAGUGGUAUUUUAAGGGAGCAUAAUCAUGGCCUUUCUUUUUGCAUUAUCUGACCUGAGCAAUUUACAGCACCGGAGUACAUUUUCAUCUGUAUCUAUAAAGCCAUAGGGUCAUGAUGGAAAUGUUUUAUUUGUUCCUGAGGGUUCCUCCACUACAGUGUGUGCUGAACUGCAAGAUGGAACAGAUAAAACAAAUCUUUUGUUCAACAUCAGUUAUGUCAUGCUGUGCAAUGUAUCUUGUAAUUUCAGAUGUAAAGUUCUAGUUUCAAGCAGAUAUUGUACUGUAGAUGGAGAUUUUCUAUGUCUACUGUAUGUGUCAAAUGUGCAAAAAGGUUUAUUGUCAGUUUAUUUAUUGUUUCUGAAUUAUGUGUAUACUUGCAUAUUGUAAAUGUUUUGAUAACAAUAUGCAUGCUGUUUGGGCAAUCUCAGUGACAUUUAGGAAAAAAAGAAUUGCCAUUGUUUUAUAUGAAAUGUGUUGUGUACAUAAUGUACAUUCCUCUUCUUCUUUUUGUCACUAUUAUAUGCUUUUCUAUGGUUUUGAAAAGCAUGAAAAAGCCUGAAUUCUUAUUUGUAUGUAUGGAAUACAAUAUCAAAAGCAUAAAAUGUCAAGAAAUCAAUUCACAGCAUUUUGGACUUGUGUGUGGGGUCCAGUGGCAUUGCAGUUAGUUUUAACUGAUGAAUACUUGAACUGUGGAAAAAUAUUGCCCCUCACUUGUUUUAUGUCUCCACUGUUCACUCUUAGAAUACUAUAAUUUGCAGCAGGUGCCACAAAUAAAGACGAGUUAUUUGAAGCAUUUCAUUGAUACAGGGAUAUUAAUAAAGUAGCACUUUGACAUAUCUCCAAAAGUAUGAGAAGCUUUUAGAGAAGAUCCUCAAUAAAGUGGAAUGAGAUUUCUUUUAAUUGACUGUCAUGGCCCUUGUUAUUGUACUUAAAGCACCAUUAGUUUAAUAGAUAACAUGUCACAGCUUUGCUAGUUGUAUACGGGGGAAGCAAAUGUUCAAGGUUGACAAUCAAAGCUCAUUAUCAAACAUGAUUCAUAUCAGUAAUUAACAGCUACACAAAAUGACUCCUGAUUUCCAUGAGCCAUUGAUUGUGACUUAACAGCCAGAUGUGAGAAAAGUGUUUACCAAAAAUCUGUGAAAAACCUUUUAAGAGAUCUUUAUAAAGUCACUGACAAAAAGGAAAUUGGAGUGGCCGCUCAACAAUUGGAGGUCUGCAAUAAUUUAGCGAAUAGAACUGCUGUACUAUGUUGCUGAAGUUCUUUACCUUGAGCUCUCUGUUCCUGCAUGAAUACAGAUAUUUGUCCCUCUUCCAAGCUUGCAAAUAUCUGCCCAUAUUUUAAUAAUCAGAAGGGUCAGUACCAGAGUUUUGGUGGUUCUGUCGAGUAGCUGGAACCUCUCGUGCUACAAAAGUGUACAGACUGCUUUCAGGCAAUCGGUGGCAUCAACAUAGCCUAUAGAUUAGAUCAAUCGUGCCAAAGCAUACAAUGUGAGACGGCUAGAUACAAUAACCCUGCAUCCAGUUAAGAAUCCUGUGUUGGCUUUUGGUUUUCCAGUAUUUAUUAUGAAUGAUAUAUUGAAAUGUGUAUUUAUUGUGGUUUACUAUGAAGUCUGUAUUAAGUAAAUUGCUUCACUAUCUUAAAAUUGUCUUUUGUUUCAUGCUGGUUGUGAGUUGUAAAGCUUCAUGUGCCUGAUUUAUUUAUUUAUAUUUCUUAUUCUGUAAAAUGCAAACGUUUGCACAAAAUGGUACCAUUUCAAUGUGUUUGGUUUUCCAACUGUCGAUAGAGCAAACCUCAUUUUCUGUCGUUUCAUUUUUAACAUGGUUCUGAAAUAAAUUUGAUUAAAAUUGCUA